GGCCGCAGGCGGAGGCGGGGCGGCGACCGCAGCGCGGGCUGAGCGGGCGACUGCGGCAGGACAGGGCGCACACUGGCUCUGUUCUGAGACUCACCUUGCUGGUCGUUCCCUCCUUUCAGUGGUCCUGCCAACAGCCCCUCACCCCACCGUCCGCGAGCCUCCCGAGAGCUGCCCCUUCAUCCUCCUGGAGCUCGGUCUUUGUCGCCGGAGUCGCUGUGCAAGGAUCACGCAGCAGGUGUAGCGGGUCGCCGCGCAGGCCGAGCGGGUCCUGCCUCCGUGGAGAGAAUGGCGGCCGCACGAGCUGGAGCAGGGGAACUUGGAAAUCACAAAGACUGCCUCGUCCAACUUUCAAAUCCAAAUGUAGCAACAAUGAAAGAAGAUAUCCUCUAUCAUUUCAAUCUCAGCACUGGCACACAUGAUUUCCCAGCUAUGUUUGGAGAUGUGAAGUUUGUGUGUGUUGGCGGAAGCCCUUCCCGGAUGAAAACCUUCAUCAAGUACAUUGGCGCAGAGCUGGGCCUUGAUCGCCCGGGCGUAGACUAUCCCAACAUCUGUGUAGGGACCGACCGCUAUGCCAUGUAUAAAGUGGGACCGGUGCUGUCUAUCAGUCAUGGUAUGGGCAUUCCUUCCAUCUCCAUCAUGUUACACGAGCUCAUCAAGCUGCUGUACCAUUCCAGGUGCUCCAACGUCACUGUCAUCCGCAUUGGCACUUCCGGGGGCAUAGGCCUGGAGCCGGGCUCUGUGGUCAUAACCCGGCAGGCGCUGGAUGCCUGCUUCAAGCCAGAGUUUGAGCAGAUUGUCCUGGGCAAGCGGAUCGUCCGGAGCACAGACCUGGAUGAGCAGCUGGUGCUGGAGCUGAUGCGGUGUUCUGUGGAGCUCAGCGAGUUUCCCACGGUGGUGGGAAACACCAUGUGCACCUUGGACUUCUAUGAAGGGCAAGCCCGACUGGACGGUGCUCUCUGCUCCUACACAGAGGAGGACAAGCAGGCAUAUCUGCAGGCGGCCUACGCUGCCGGCAUCCGUAACAUCGAGAUGGAGUCCUUGGCGUUUGCGGCCAUGUGCAGGGCCUGUGGCCUCCCAGCCGCCGUGGUGUGUGUCGCCUACUUGGACCGCUUGGAAGGGGACCAGAUCAGCAGUCCUCACGAGGUGCUGGCCGAGUACGAGCAGAGGCCGCAGCGGCUGGUGGCCUACUUCAUCAAGAAGAGGCUCGGCAAGGCCCACGUCUCAUCCUGAGCUUCCCAGGACAAGCUGCUGUGAUUACUUGCCAAUAAAAUCAUUGUCCAGAA